UUUCUUUUUCUUUUAAUUUUACAAUACAACUUAACCAAGUGCUGAGCCGGAUUUUCUGACUCCGGUUCUCGAUGAAAGUUUAAGACCCAUCCCACAGAUUUCUUCUUGUUUAAAAAAAAAAACACCAAUUUUUGUUCUUGCCCAUAAAUAAAAAACCAGAACAAUUUAAACCCAGACAGCCACACUGCCGAUGCCCUGAUUGUUCCCCCAAUUCCUAUCCUAAUCCUAUGGCUACAGUUGAUAAAUACAACGUCGAGUCUGCUGAAAUUCUCGCCAACAGUGCCUUGCAUUUGCCAAUUUCACAGGCCACGCCAAUUUAUGAGCAACUCUUGUCAAUCUUUCCCACCGCUGCAAAAUAUUGGAGGCAAUAUGUGGAGGCACAGAUGGCAGUAAACAACGAUGAUGCUACCAAGCAAAUAUUUAGUCGCUGUUUGUUGAACUGUCUUCAAGUUCCUCUUUGGCGCUGUUAUAUUCGAUUCAUCAGGAAGGUCAAUGACAAGAAAGGUGUAGAGGGUCAGGAAGAGACUAGAAAGGCAUUUGAUUUUAUGCUUAGCUAUGUUGCAUCUGGGCCUGUAUGGAUGGAGUAUAUUGCAUUUUUAAAGUCACUGCCGGCUGCAAGCACUCAGGAAGAGUCACAGCGAAUGACUUCUGUGCGGAAAGCUUACCAGAAAGCUAUUGUUACUCCGACCCAUCACAUUGAACAGCUAUGGAAGGAUUAUGAGAAUUUUGAAAAUUCUGUUAGCCGCCAGCUGGCCAAAGGACUUCUGUCUGAAUAUCAACCAAAAUAUAACAGUGCAAGGGCUGUAUAUAGGGAACGGAAGAAAUACGUGGAUGAAAUUGAUUGGAAUAUGCUUGCUGUACCUCCAACUGACUCUUGCAAGGAAGAAAUGCAAUGGAUGGCAUGGAAGAGGCUUUUAGCCUUUGAGAAAGGAAAUCCUCAAAGGAUAGACAGUGCCUCCUCCAAUAAGCGAAUUAUAUUUACUUAUGAACAGUGUCUAAUGUAUUUAUACCAUUAUCCUGAUAUAUGGUAUGACUAUGCUUCAUGGCAUGCAAAAACUGGCUCCAUGGAUGCUGCAAUCAAGGUAUUUCAGCGAGCACUGAAGGCUCUUCCUGAUUCAGAAAUGCUAAAGUAUGCAUAUGCAGAGCUAGAAGAAUCUCGUGGAGCAAUCCAAUCUGCAAAGAAAUUAUAUGAAAGCCUUUUGGGGGAUGGUGCUGAAACUACAGCACUAGCACAUAUACAAUUUAUCCGCUUUCUAAGAAGGAAUGAAGGUGUUGAAGCAGCCCGCAAGUAUUUCCUAGAUGCUCGCAAAUCACCUAGUUGCCCAUACCAUGUUUAUGUUGCAUAUGCAUUGAUGGCCUUUUGUCUUGACAAGGACCCAAAGGUUGCUCACAAUGUUUUUGAAGCCGGAUUGAAACAUUUUAUGCAUGAGCCUGUAUACAUCCUAGAAUAUGCAGAUUUUUUGUCAUGUUUGAAUGAUGACAGAAACAUCCGGGCAUUAUUUGAGCGAGCAUUAAGCUCACUACCACAAGAAGAAUCUAUUGAGGUCUGGAAACGGUUCACCCAAUUUGAGAAAACAUAUGGUGAUCUAACUAGCAUGUUGAAGGUUGAGCAAAGACGGAAAGAAGCUCUCUCUGGAACAAGUGAAGAGGCUGCUUCUGCAUUGGAGAGUUCUCUACAAGAAGUUGUAUCACGCUACAGUUUCAAGGAUCUCUGGCCCUGUUCCUCCAAGGAUCUUGACCAUUUGUCGCGGCAAGAGUGGCUUGCUAAAAACAUUGGUAAGAAAGUGGAGAAGUCAGCUCUCUCUAAUGGAUCUGCAACUAUUGAUAAGAGUCCAUCAGUACCAACAAGCAAUUCAACUUCUUCUCUUAAAGUCCAUCAUCCAGAUACAUCUCAAAUGGUGAUUUAUGAUCCAAAGCAACAUCCUGGAGCUGCAGUUCCUCCAAACACAACAGCUCCUGCAAUUCUUGCUGCUUCCAACCUGUCAAAUCCCAUGGUUAUGGUAUCAGGUGCUGCUUCCAACCCCUUGUCAAAUUCCACAGUUGCCAUGGCGGACGGUGGAUCUGCCAAUGCAUUUCAUGAAGUACUGAAAGGAACACCACCUGCUUUGCUAGCAUUUUUGACAAGCUUGCCUGCUCUUGAGGGUCCAACCCCAAAUGUAGACAUUGUGUUGUCCAUUUGUUUGCAAAAUGACUUACCAACCGACCAGGCUAAAAAAUCAACUACCAUCCCAUCUCAAAGGACUACAGGUCCUGCUCCUACCACAAGUGAUCUUUCUGGUUCAAGCAAGUCCCAUCCCAUCCCUAGUAGCUCAUCUUUCAGACCGCGGGACAGGCAACUUGGAAAAAGAAAGGAUCUAGACAGGCAAGAGGAGGAUGAAACGACAACAGUUCAAAGCCAACCACUGCCUAGAGAUGUUUUCAGGAUACGACAGAUUCAGAAAGCCCGAGGAGGAUCUGCGUCACAGACUGGAUCAGUAUCUUAUGGAAGUGCUCUUUCUGGGGAUCUCUCCGGCAGUACUUGUUAACCCAUUCUCAGCUCCUUUGGGAAAUGUUUGGAUAGCUCAGUAAAUGCAUUUUCUCCCUACAAUUUUCAUUUUCUUAUUAAUCCUAUCUCUCUCAGUAUAGAAUAGGUUAAAUUUUGCAGAUCAUCAUGUUAUUGCAUGAAAAUUCGAUUUUAGUUUUUAUAUUAUAAUUUAUCAAAAUUGACUUUAUUUUUUGAAAUUUUAAAGAAUUAAUUUUCCUUCACUAUAUGUGUUGACGUAUAUGGUGAUUUGCUGAUAUGACAUUAACAUUAUAAACGUAGUAGUAUCAGAAAUUCUUUUAGAGCAGUUGAAGAUGUGAAAUUUUUUGUUGGCCAGUAGGGAUAUUUUACUUUAUCUUCUCUGUGAAAGUCCUUUGUCACCAGUCCCUCUCUGUCUAGAAUUCAUUCACCUGUUAAAUUCAAAAAUUUACAAAGCAAAAUUAACAUUUAAAAAAAAAAUUGCCCCAUUCAAAAGUCAUUG